CAGACAUCAGGAGGCUCGUCGUGCUCGUCUCUCUCUCCCUCUCCACGCGAGGCUUCCCGUUCAUUCAUCCAUCCUUUCCGCUGCUGUCGGCUCCUCUCAUGCCGCCGUCAGGGCGCUGGAUCCGGGGCGCUUUGUGAUCGACUGAUGAACAUGGCGUGCAUUGGGGACGCGGACCCGUUCACCGCUGCCAUACCUGCCACCAAAGUUGAACUCACGGUGUCUUGUAGAAAUCUCCUGGACAGAGACACAUUCUCCAAGUCUGAUCCAAUUUGUGUGCUGUACACUCAAGGAAUAGCCAACAGGGAAUGGAGAGAGUUUGGUAGGACAGAAGUCAUAGACAACACCCUCAACCCUGACUUUGUUCGCAAAUUCAUUCUGGACUACUUCUUCGAAGAGCGGCAGAAUCUACGCUUUGACCUGUAUGAUUUAGACUGCAAGAGUGACAACCUCUCCAAACAUGACUUCCUGGGCCAGGCUUUCGGUACUCUGGGUGAAAUCGUUGGUUCCCUGGGAAGCCGCUUGGAAAAACCUUUGAUUGGGAUCCCAGGGAAGAAAUGUGGAACCAUCAUAGUGAGAGCAGAAGAGCUGAGCAACUGCAGGGAGUCGGUGAUGCUGCAGUUUUGUGGCAACAAGCUGGACAAGAAAGACUUUUUUGGGAAAUCUGAUCCUUUCCUUGUCUUCUACCGCAGCAACGAAGACGGAUCGUAUACCAUCUGCCACAAAACAGAGGUGGUGAAGAACAAUCUGGAUCCAGUGUGGCAGGCUUUUAAAAUCCCUGUCAGGGCGCUGUGUAACGGAGACUAUGACAGGAGCAUAAAGGUGGAGGUGUAUGACUGGGACAGAGAUGGAGGCCACGACUUUAUCGGCGAGUUCAGCACCAGCUACAGAGAAAUGUCCAGAAGCCAGUCACAGUUCCACAUCUAUGAGGUGCUUAAUCCAAAGAAAAAGGGAAAGAAGAAGAAAAAGUACCAAAACUCAGGAACGGUCACCCUCCUGUCCUGCCUGGUGGACACCGAACUCUCCUUCCUGGACUACAUCAGAGGCGGGACUCAGAUUAAUUUCACAGUGGCAAUUGAUUUCACAGCAUCAAAUGGCAACCCGUCCCAGCCCACCUCACUCCAUUACAUGAGCCCGUACCAGCUGAACAACUACGCCAUGGCGCUGCGGGCGGUCGGAGAGAUCAUCCAGGACUACGACAGUGACAAGAUGUUUCCUGCACUGGGCUUUGGUGCCAAGCUUCCACCAGACGGACGGGUCUCACAUGAGUUUGCCCUGAAUGGUAAUCCACAAAACCCCUACUGCAAUGGUAUUGAGGGGGUAAUGGAGGCCUAUUACCAGAGUCUCAAAUCUGUGCGACUCUACGGACCCACCCACUUCUCCCCUGUUAUUAACCAUGUGGCCAGGUAUGCAUCAGCAGUGAUGGACGGCUCACAGUACUUCAUCCUGCUCAUCAUCUCUGACGGUGUGAUCACGGACAUGGCACAGACCAAGGAGUCUAUAGUCAAUGCCGCAUCUCUGCCCAUGUCAAUUAUAAUAGUCGGGGUUGGGCCAGCAGAAUUUGAUGAAAUGAUCGAGCUGGACGGAGAUGAGGAGAGGAUCUCUUCCCAAGGACGAUAUGCAGAGAGGGACAUUGUUCAGUUUGUUCCUUUCAGAGACUACAUUGACCGGCGAGGAAAUCACAUCCUCAGUAUGGCUCGGCUGGCUAAAGAAGUGCUCGCUGAAAUCCCCGACCAGUUCCUGUCCUACAUGAGGACCAGAGGCAUCAAACCCGGGCCCUUGCCACCUCCUUACACCACCUGUCCGCCACCAGCUAUCCACCCCCUUCUCACCAGACGGGUAAGCCGAAUUUAAAAGCUGAAGCCUCACUCCAACGCCAGCCAGCCAACUUCGUUGGUCUCUACUACUUCUUCUCUGCUUCUUCCUCUUCUUGCUCUUCACCGGAAGCUUUUUGAGCAUGUGGCGAACCUCGCCUGCUCUCUCAUGUUGCACUUUCGGGAACGUUUGGCCGCCAGUGGUGACGCAGAUAACCAUGAGUGGGACACUAGCUUCCACUUUUAGAAGGAGGCACUUUGCCCUUACUGGAAGAAGGUGCGGUUUCUGAAGGGUCGUGGUGGAGGUAGAGGGGGAGGGUGUCACCUAACUGCACCACAAUGAACUGAACAGAACCGUAACUGACCACUUGCAGCCGUCAGACUGAAAGGGUCCAAACUGUCGGAGACUCCUUUUCGAAACACUUUUCAUCUUUUUGCUGUUUCUAUUUCCACUUCCUCUGUCACAAAAUCAUGUCGUUCUCUGAUAUGUAAAUGUUUACAAAAUCGAGGUCUAGAAAGGAGAGAUUUUUCAGGAAGAACUUUUUACCGUUUAAUGUGAAAACCUUUCAGAUUCCUAUUUUUCGGUUGCAGAAAACUGAAGGUUGUGAAUUUGUACAAUAAUGUUUAGGCCCUGGUGCCACAUUCUUCUUGACAGUGUGUAUUUUUUUUCUUUUUGAUAAAUGGAGCAUGUGCUAGUUUAAGAUAAGCAUGCACUGUUGUCCUGCACUCAGGGCUUUGUCCCUCCCACACAACCCCCCCACCACCACCGCUGCCAUGUUCCAUUAAGAACAAACCCAUCACCCGCCUGAAAUCUUCCCACGCUCCUACCUUCUGCCCCGUCCACCUGCCUUGACUCAAAUGGAAGCUGUGCUCCCUGGGAUUCUGGUCAAAUCAAAUGCAGCAGGGACUUGAACCAGCCUUACCAGAUAACAUAAACAGGUACGGUCUCGUCCCUGGGUUCUGGAAAUGUGGAUCUCUAAGCCCAGAAGUCAAAAACACACUCACAUCUCACUACCGAACCUGACUGUGUCUCUUUAUUUUCAUGAAAUGACAUCGUAUUUAGUACUGUAGCAUUUAUUUUGUUUGGUUUUACGUCUCUCUACCUCACUUUGUUUAGUAUUGCCAAAAACAUUUGAUUUGAUGACAAAGUGUUGGUGUGUCUGUGAUUUUUUAUAAGUCUGUAGAGUUCACACGUUCACACUGUAUCCACAAAACAUUUGCCAAACUGCAGGCAGAGAAUUACAGCACUUCGGUUCAGAUCAGGUGACUCACACCCCAGUGGUAGCAUCGCACUGUUGAUAUGUGCACUGAACAUCAGUGAACCUACAGAACACAAUGCAAAGAUUAUUUUUGGAUAAAGAUCCAAUUAAUGACUGUGAGCAAGGUUUUAGCUCCAUGUUUUCAAACAGCAUUGUGACUAAUAGUUGAAGCCAAUAAUAAUCAGUAGUCCCUAAUGUUUAAUAGCAUGUAGCUAACCAUGUCCUUCAUGGUAAACUCCACAGAAAACUUCUGUCAAAUCUGAUUAUGACAGCAGCUGUCCUUCCCUUCGACAGUUACAACAAACUCCAGCGGCAAUGUUCUCCUUUUCAAACACUGGCUUAUCCCCUUUUUUGUAGCCAUUCAAAUUAAUUUAAUUAAUUAAUCAGAUUCAUUUUUAAAAAGGAAAUAUAACCAGUCUAACCUGUCAGAUGUCUGUAGGAGCGUAAUGAAGCAAUGAAUAAUCCUGUAAUAUUAAAAUAGACAAUUAAGGGUCAGGUCUGUGUCUCCAGUUUAAUUACAACAGUUCUUAUGAUAUCCUAAGAAAAGUUUUUGCGCAUAAUCCUGCAAAAAUGUCCAUCAAUACGAACAAUCAGCACGCCAGCGCAAACCUGUGCAGCGACAUUCUCAAGGCAAAGAUACAAAAUGGCAAAGAUCCCUUUAUUCUUUGUGGAAACAUUUAUAUUUAAAAUUAUUUUCUGCAUUAAACCAAGUUUUGAUGAUAUUUGAUGAGCAUUUUAUUUUCACAAUUUUGGUUCAGUGAAUUUGUACGAUGUUUAGUUAGUUAGCUGUUAUGAAGAUGUUCAGCUGAGUGUAGGGAAGAUGGCGUACACAGAUAGAGUUACGUUGGAAGCCAGAAUUGAAGCUUGCCUCACAGUGGUAUUAAAGGAUGUCCCCUUCCUGUCCCAUUACUUCACUAGAAAAAUAACCACAGAAUUGGAGACGUGUGGUUUAAGUCCACACAGCUGCACAUGAACAAAUAGAAACAUCAUCAUGCAGAGCUUCCAUUUAAGUUUGUUGUUGAAUAUUUUAUGUUAACAUACUUGAGUUUCAUGGGCUUUGAGUUCAUGGCUCCUAGCAACCACCAGCUUCUGUGUGGACUAAAAUCCAUGUUGACUGAUCCGUAAAGCACCAUAACAUAUCCUGCUAACAUGAAUACGUCAGAUGUGUAAAAGAAAUCUCUUUUGUGUAAAAGUGAUUAUUAAGUUAAUGGCAAUACAAUUUCAUUGUAAAAGAAAGUAUAAUGAAAACCAUCAGAGGAGCAAUGCAUACCCUGCAUAUGCACUGUAUAUACCCCAUUCAGGCAAUGCCAGCUUUUUACAUAGUUAUAAUGCCAUUUCAUAAUGACUGCAGAGUUUCUUAUAUCUACCCUGCAGUGUAACGUACUUCUACUCACUUGUUUCAAUAAAAUGUGUCACGAAAGGCUAAAUGCACAGUUUCUGUUAGUUGCUAACAUAGUUUUUGCCAGCAACUCUCAACGAUACUUCCUUGUUGAUUGGUUGCAAAAAGUUUUUGAAAGUUGUUGAUCUUAAAACCUGUAACAAUGGAAUUGUUCUUAAUCUCAACUGAACACAGCUGCUGUCCAAGGACCUACAUAGUUUUUACAGAUUCAGUAUUUGGUGAUUAAAGCCUCAGUUUUCUGUGGAGUUUUCAUUAAAACAUAUAUAAAAUCACACUUUAAUCUCAAGCAAGUAACUGCACUGUCACUUUUAGCCACGUUUCAGGGUGAAGCUCGAAUGCAGCCCUGCUGUAUUGCCCAGCAAAGUGUACAUGACAACUUUAGUAUGACUCAAAAGCACAAAUCAUUUCCUAUCAAGCGACAGCCGUUGUAUCCAGAGGCCCUUUUCACCUCAUGAAAAUAUGUGAGGAACUGCGUUUAUACAUUUGACUGUGUAUCUGUGUGCUACAAAAACUGUAGAUCUUAUCAGAACUUUUUUGGGCCCUAUUCAGUCACGUUUUACAACAUUUUUCUAAACUCACGCCUCUAAAUCAUCAUAUACUUGCUUCAGUUAAAUGUCUACUUUAAACUGCUUGUCAAACAUUUUCAUAGGUAUUUAUACACUGUCCAAAUUUUGGCCUUUUUUGUGUAUUGCUCAUAUACUGUAUGUGUGAUGCUGCUUCUUAACUGCUGAUAUAAGUAUUACAUUUUAUACGGAGGCCUGUAAUCAUAUUUAAAUCAUGACUAACAGGCCUUAUUCGUGUUUAUACAUACGUUAUUCAUAUUUAAAUCAUGAACGACAGGCCUGUAUUUUUGUAUGUGACUGGUUAGAUAAUAAUGUGGGCAAGAUGUUUUAAAGUAGACCUGGUGAUCAAACACACUCUGUAGCAACAUUCGUCUGCCAAAUUGGACAUAUUGUGAAGUGUAGCAUCACUCAGUUGGCUGAGACUUAACCCAGAAAAGCUGAUUUAUUCAGUUUGACUGAAUAGGGUCCCUCAGUGUGGGGUGAACUGGUCUGAUAGAUUUUGUACUCUUGUGUAUUGUUGUAUAAUUGUGGGGACCCCGUACAGCAGCGGGGAUGUCGGGUGGCACAAUGUAGCACUGGUCUCAAGUCUGACUUCAGACUGGAGCAACACCAGACUGAAGCAGAUCAGGCAGGAACAGUCUUUUUAUAUGGCUAUGUAAAUAUAUAUAUAUAUAUAUUCUGUAUAUACUCUAGUAGGUUUUCUGGAAAGUUGACUCGCAGCAAACAGCUGUAACUCUGUGACUCCUUAAACACAAGGCAGGGCCUUUCAUUUAUUUAUCACGACAAGAUGUCACCCACACUCUCAUAUAUACUGUGCAUCCAGUACAUGUAUUUGUAUAUGAAACAUGCAUGACACUUACAUAACAAGGGGAGGGUUGAGUGAAGAUUAAGGGUUUCUUGCUUGUCUACUGUGGUUUUAGUGAUAAACUUACGUGGUGUUUAUAUAAAUGUCAGUACCUUUGCAUUCAGGGUUUCUCAGCCUUUUAUUAUACACUAUAAACGUAGAAAAGGGGCCAAAACAAAACUCCCUGCCAAGGAGUCUGAAUUUGCAUGUUGAAUCCUGGAGAAUGUUUACAUGUAAAAUAGCACAUAAUACACAUACUGAUAGACAAUCAUAAUACACAUGAAUCUAUUUUGUUGGAACUGCAGUAGAUCAUGAGUGACAAUAGUAGUAAUAAUCAAAUGUUUUUAAAAAGUAAAUUCUCCUGGAUGAGGAUCCACCAAAAGCACGACAAAGCUGAGAUAAUGGACCCAACUAACCCAAGACCGGCCCCCAUUAGUUACGGAGGUUUCUCCCGCUUUCCUUUCUCACAUACCUACAGUUUACAACAAUGGUAGCAGAUAUAUAAUCUAAAUUCAUGGUAAUUUUUAAAUCAAAAGGUCCUUUAUUAAAACGGAUAUUACUGUUAUGAUUUGUUUUAAAAAAGGCCCCUAUGGUCAAAGCUUUAAUGCUUACAGCUGACUUGAUGAUGGAUUAAAUAAAUAAAAAACACGUCCACACUGAUUAUCUAUGUUUUGUACAGUUGGGCUAUUUAAUACGGGUUCAAUAAAUGAAGAUAACAAAAAUUAACAGUUGUUAUUUUUUAAUAUAACCCUGUUUGGCUGCUUAGCUCACGUACCAGAUAGUUUUUGUUGUCAUCACUUUUAAAAGUACGAGAGUAAUAUUAAAAACUAGAAUGGCAGUCAGUAGACCAAAUUCUUCUUCCACCGAAGCCCAACAGUCCCCUUAAACAUCAUUACUGUAUUAUUUCUUGAAAUUCACAGAAAUGUGGGGGAAAAAGCUUCAUCUUCCAAGAAUAAUGAAAGCAAAAAAUGAAUUCCAGGAUCCAUCCCUUAAUUGAAUCCGCUCCAAAAGGCCCUUUAUGGCCCCUACCCUGUGAACAGACAGACAUUCAAACAUCAAUAAAAACAUUAACUCCUUGGCUUGGGUAAUCAGCUUGUUAAGUGUGAUGACACACAAGAUGUAAUAUCCAUAUCAGGGUCCAAAUCCUCAGGUCACAAACAAACAACAAGGCAUCAAUUAGGGUAAAAAAAAAUUGAAGAAAUCCUAGCCUAGCAGGAACUCACCUGACAUGACUCAUUCACACAGCUUUUGCUUCUGUACUGCCCAAGUAAGCUAGCUAAUGUUAGCAUACCCCAGCAAAAGACAAACUUUGAUUCCACCAUCUGAGAUCCACGAGUACAGCAAGAGACAGCACACUGCUACCACAGCUUGGACCCGAAAACAGAUAGCACAUAUCACAACUUAAAUCACAACCGAUUAGUCCUAAUGCUAAAGGCUAACAAUUUAGUUGCCAUCUGUGAUAGCGAUAGAGAUCUCUAAUCUAAUGUUAAACAGUAGGACUGAGCUGCUAACACUUAUAGAGACUAUGACAGCACAUUGUUAGGAACACUUCACAGUGGAUGUGCUUCUGAAUAAAAAAAUGUUUCUCUAAUUUUAGUAACCUCAUAAAUUAACAUAGUUUGUUAAAUACAUAACUCUGUAAGCUGUAAGCCAGUCAGCUUGACUAUGUUAUGAUUGCAGCUCCGAUAAAGUAAGUAGUAAGUAACGUUUAUUUAAUAUAGCACCUUUCACAUAACAGAGUCACAAAGUGCCUCCUAAAAGAAAAAAGAGCUGUUAAAAAUACACAUAGAGCCAACACAAAACUAAACAGCAAGCACUAGACAUUAGAAGGUGACCCAAAUGCAUACAAAUCAUUCCUCAACUCCUUUUUAAAGGCGUCAACAGAGCCUGCUGAACCUAUGUCCAUAGGAAGAGUGUUCCACACGGUUGGAGCUACCACCUCAAAGGCACGAUCACCUUUUGUUCUCAGACGAGUGUGAGGGACCCACCUCUGUGACUAACUGGUGAUGUAAGGAUGGAGCAGGUCAGGGAUGUAUUCAGGUACCUGACCAUGCAGAGCUCUAUAUGUGAAAAGCAGAACCUUAAACACACCAUUUGCAGCUUUUUUUACACUUGUGUGUCUUGUUUUGCGAAAAAACAAGACACCACCCCUCAAAACCUUUACAUGCACAUUAAUACUAUUACUGUAGCCACAUGCUCUAACCCUAAUCCUAACACUUCAACAUGUGGGGAAAGGUACUCACAAACUGCACAAAAGAUAAAUAUAUCAGCAUGAAAAUAAUAUAUAUCAGCAUGAAACCCUGGCUUCAUAUCAAGACAACACUAUGAGGGGCUGAGAAACUCUUACUGCAAAGCUACAUAAUACUCCAUGACUACCGUAUAAUUCUAUAAUGUACAGUAUGAAAGCAUUUGGCCCUUGUGUUGGCAUGCAUGGAUGUGCCCCUGGGAGGAGGAAAUGAAAGCUGUUUGUAUAGGGACCCAGCGGACAUUCAAAAGCAUUUCUUUUGUAGGAGACUGUGAGACGAAAACAAAACAACAACAACAAAAAAACUUGCGCUACCAGUGGACAAACCAGCUUUAAUGAAGGAGGUUUGACACCUCGCUGCCUCCCACCACUCAUCGUUGCAUCUACAGUGUGUCACUCUGCCAACGCGCUACCGUGUCAGCAUGCCAGGCCAUAUGAAGUCCAUGUAAUCCUCACACCUGUAACAUGAAAGUGGUUUACUGUACCUUAUAAUAUUAACAAAGUGGUUUAAUUGAAUGCUCGUGAUGAAUCUCCCGUUUUAUCCUGCUGUUUUUUACAGCAUGCAUUGACUUUGCAUGUCUUUUCUAACAGAGCUGCACCCGUGGGUUGAAAACAAAUUGUAAUAUGACAUCUUUGCGUGUUAUUUCAGAGUAUUUUAGAAUAACUUUUUUGCCUUAAAAUCUCACUGAUCAGUCUUGGAAUUGUGCAAUGCCUUCAGAUUUUUCUUUUGAAGACUGAUUCUUAUUCUCAGAUAUUGUUUUUGUAUGUUAAUGCACAGCCAGUCUUCUAUCAGACUCAUCUCAGCAUUGUUAUCUCAGACCCAUCGGUUGAAGUGAUGUGAGUAAGAGGGAGGAUGAUCCAAACAGAGACAAACUGGGCUGCCUCGCUCUCAGCAAAGCGACAGAAUCAUUGAGCUGGAAAUAAUGUUGUCCGGCCUCAUACAGCCAUGUUUAAAGUCACCACCGAUCUUAUCUUAUCUUAUCACAAACUGACAAACAAAUUCAUCAACUGUUCUCUUUUCAUCAGCCCUCAUUUUGGAUCUCAACAGGGUGGUUCAUGGCUUUUGCAUGAUUUUUGUAAUUACACUAAGGAAGCAAGAAAUUAUAUUUGUUCAUUUAUACAUGGCAUUUACAAUCAUUUUCUGUGAUAUUACAAGACAGCACAGUUUUUACUGUUCUAAUUGGAAAUAUGGA